AUCCUGGACAUGAAGAUGACAAUCGACGGGCUGGAGAAGGAGAGGGACUUCUACUUCGGGAAGCUGAGAGACAUUGAGCUCAUCUGCCAGGAGAACGAAAGUGAAACCAACCCAGUCCUCGGCAAAAUCAUCGACAUCCUGUACGCCACAGAGGAAGGCUUCGCACCACCAGAAGAUGAAGAAAUUGAUGAGGGAGCACAAGACCAAGAAGAGUUCUGAAGUUUUCCUCAUCAUCCCUCACCUUUCAUACUUUAAUUAGACCGUCAUGUCAUUCCUGCUCCUUCUUUUWAGUUUUACAUCCUCCCCUGACUCCCUCCAUCUUCCCACCGGCUGUACAUAUUCAUGAGGACUUCCUUCUAGCUUCCCUGACUCUUAUUUUGAAAGGACACUAAACCUGGACGUGGCUUGGCUUACUCCACUAAUCCUAACAUGUUGUCAGAGGGGACAGCUGCACUGCAGGACAGCUUCAGUCUGUUAUUCUGUCAGAAAAUACAAAAAGAACAGCUUUGGAUUGAAGAGACGCAGCACUGCAACAAACAAACAAACAAACAAACAAACAAACAAAGUGCUUUAAAUCUGUGAGGAGGUGAGGAGCUUUCUCACUUCAGAGCUACUUCAAAUCAGCUGAGUUUUACCCUCCAUGUGAUUGUGUUUUUAUAUUUAGGAAGGUGCAGUUGAGUGCAGAUGAUACACACUAUGUUUGUGAUGACACGUGAACGUGAAGRCCACACACAGAUCAGACUUCGGACUGCACACGUGGACAUGCUUAAAGCACGUCGUCCUCUCCCCUGAAGAAGAAAACAACUCCUGACAGAUGUGUUUUUAUUUAUCACAGGAGACUGUUGGCUCGUGAYAUGGUUCUGACAGCUUGUUUGGACUUAUUUAUGCUUUUAUUUAUUUAUCUUUGCUAACUGUUCUGUACAGUUUGGAUUGGAGGGAUUGAAGGUCUUGCACUAAAUGUAGCGAAACAAACGGACUGAAAUGAUCCAGAAUGCCAACAUGCAGUGACUGGCUGCUGCCAGAAACACACAGGAAAAUGCAAUUUUAUAUUUUGUAAAUUUAUUUUAAAGAAGUAUGUUUUUUUUAAAUUAUUAUUAAUAUUAUUUGCAUUGAACUCCUCAGUGUCCAAGUCAGAGGCAUCAGUGUAAACUCAGACAAACACAAGGCUAUAAAUAACUGAUCAAACACUACUAAAUACUAAUGUUUGACUGUGGUAAUUAGUUAAACAUUUUAGCUGCUAUCAUUACUCCAGUUUUAAGUUGUCGUGUGUUGUAAAGCAUUAACACAUCAGCGUGGCUGCAGGAACACAAGGGUUGAUCUCUGCUCAGCAUGUUUGACGUUGGUCACAGAGAAGGACRCCUCAGACCAUCACUGUUACCAUGGCAGCCAUGUCAGGUGGAAUAAAUAAAGCUCUGAGGUUUAAAUUCAAAAA